AUGUCCUCCUCCUCGCCCUUCCACUCGAUACAAGCCUCUUUAGUAGCACAACGACAAGCUGUUCAUCGCGCUCCACUGCCUGCUCACAAUGCCCCGGCUGGAACUUUCGUGCCUGGUACAAAGGUCACGGUUGGGAACCACAGGGUUGUAAUAGAGAAAUACCUCUCUGAAGGAGGCUUCGCCCAUGUCUACCUGGUGCGGGUGCCUAAGUCGGGCAGCGACAAUACCGAUGUCGCUGUCCUCAAGAGAGUCGCCGUACCGGACAAGGAGUCGCUGGCGAACAUGCGGACAGAGGUGGAGACUAUGAAGAAGCUCAAGGGGCACAAGCACAUCGUCACCUAUAUCGACUCGCAUGCCUCCCAGUUGAAGGGUGGAGGAUAUGAGGUCUUCCUGCUGAUGGAAUAUUGCUCUGGAGGUGGACUGAUUGACUUCAUGAACACUCGCCUGCAGCAUCGCCUUACAGAACCCGAGAUCCUAAAGAUAUUCUCAGAUGUAGCGGAGGGUGUUGCCUGCAUGCACUAUUUGAAGCCCCCGCUACUGCACCGGGAUCUAAAGGUCGAAAAUGUGCUUAUAUCUGCUUCUGGAUCAUCGAGGAUAUACAAGCUCUGCGAUUUCGGUUCGACCGCACCACCGAGACCUGCCGCGACGUCUGCGGCGGAAGGCAGGCUCAUUGAGGAUGAUGUCCAAAGACAUACCACGCUGCAAUACCGAAGUCCAGAAAUGAUAGAUGUGUACAGGAAACAGCCGAUCGAUGAAAAGAGCGACAUCUGGGCAUUAGGCGUGCUACUGUACAAGCUAUGCUACUAUACCACACCCUUCGAAGCGCAGGGACAGAUGGCGAUACUGAACGCCAGUUUCACUUUCCCACCAUACCCUCCCUUUUCCGAUCGCACCAAGAAGCUCAUAUCAUCGAUGCUGCGAGAAAAUCCCCAGCAGCGGCCGACCAUCUACGAGGUGGUUAAAGAGGCUUGCUCCAUGCGCAACGUCGAAGUCCCGAUCAAAGACAUAUACGCCAAUCGCUCUCGUUCAGAAGCACGCCGAAACGAAAAGCUUCCAUCUCCCGAUCCGAUGGCAUCACCUUCUCUCGUAGUCGGAAUACACAAGUCUCCGUCGAUACAACCCACCCAAGCCAUACCAGAGAUAACGCCAAUGCGACGCGGAAGGCCAACUGCCCCUUUGCAGCAACAACCGGUCCCAAAGCCAGUCCCCUCACCUGCGCGAGGCACGUCUGACGAUCCCUUCGCGGCGCUAGAUUCGACCUCCGUUGCCGUGCGAUCGGCGGCCGCCGACGAGCUUGCCGCGAAGUUCCCGCCCCUCGAAGAGUUCACCAUUCUGCAGGACAAAGGAAGCAACUUCCAGUUCAAGCCAACAUCACCCUCAUUACCGAAGCAGGAGAGUCUCAGCCAGCGGGUGACGGCAGCUCUGGCAGAUGAUGCAUUCGCUAGGCCAGUCUCGUCUGGGAACGACCCAGGUUCGGCGAGGAAGGCCAACUCAGCCUCGGUCUCGAGAUCGACCUCACUCAAGAGACCCACGCCAUCCGAAACCAAGGCACAGCAGCUGCCUCGCUCGCCACAACCCUCCCAAGUACCCCAGUCAUCCUCUCAAAAACCAGUCAUGGUUUCGACAGGCACCAUGACCUCGCCUCCUCUUUCAUCGUCUCCAUCGAAGGUACUACCACCUAGACCGUUCCCAGAGAUUACCAAACGUCCCAUAUGGCGCGUACCUCAGGCGGAUGCCGUUGGCCACCACAGAGCAUUGAGUCAACCGCGCGCACCGAAGAACGUCCGUUCCAGUCUAGCACCCUCGGAAGGAGACCACGCUGCACUUCAACGGCCAGCCUUCCUCGACUCCUACCGGUCCAAGUCCUCCACCUCAAUCGCAAACCUCGCGCCACCCAAAUCUCCAGCCUCCUCUCGGCCAUCGCUUGAGGGCCAGCGCCCUUCAGUACCUGACUAUAGCGAUCCAAUCCAUCGCUCCCAGUCUGCUAGUGGCCGAGCAAGACCAUCCAGCGUGCACGUCGAAUCCAACCUCGACUACCUACGCGAGCGAGAGACGGUCCGAGGACGCCCCUCAAACGACCUCAGCAAGAUCAAAUCCGCAACCGCAGCGGAACCGGACACUCCGCCACAGGAAGAAACCAACAUCGAAUCUAACGUCGAUUUCCUACGCGCCAUCGAAGACGCCGACUCCUCGAAGAAGAAAGACCGCCGAAGCGGCAGCAGCGGCAGCGGCACCAAGCACCGCAAGCGCUCAAGCCUCCCCUCCAUCUCCCUCUCCAACACGAAAAACAUCCUAGCCGGCAAGUUCGGCGACGCCUUCCGCCGCUUCGAAGGCAACACCGGCGGCCCUCCCGAACCGCGAACACCGAGCCCGUCGUUCGAGAAAUCUGCUCCCUUGACGCCUAUAGCGGGCUCCGAGGCCACGGGCGGCCGUAGCGACGACGAGAGCGCCAUUGACGAGACGGAAGACUUGCCGCCUGAAGUCCGCCGCGAGCUCGAGCGGAGGCGGCUCUCGCAGGAGGAAAAGCGCGUCGCGGAAGCAGCGGCCGAGUACCGUCGGCGCCUGGCAGAGGGCGGCGGCGGCGGCGGUGGUGGGCCCGCGCGUGCGUCAACGAUUCAAAACCGGGUAAAGGCCCUCCUGGACGAGGGCAGCAAGCAGCAGCAGCCCCCGCCCGUGCGGACAGCAGAAGGCUACGGCCGCUUCACCGAAGCGCCGCGACCGCCGGAACAGCUGCGCCACCCCAAUCCGCCGCUCGUGGCACGGAGACCUGCGCCGAUGGCCGCUGCACCGAAUCCGGGCUCCCAGAUACCUCUCAGGCAGCCUCUGCCCGCUGACCCGCCCGUAAUACCGGCCUCGGCGCCUCCAACGGCGCAGCCGCGUCCACUCUCCCGCCCCAAGCCGGGCGCGCCGCCUAAACCGACGGCGCUGCGGACGGGCGGCCAGUUCGACGGCGCGAGAGUGCCGUCGCCUUCGCCUGCGAAACCGGCGGCGAGAUUGCUGGAAGAGGAGGUGAGCAUGCCGGUUGCUGGGAAUGGGGAGGACUGGGAGGAGAGUUUUAGCAAGCGGUAUCCGAGCCUGUCGGGGCUGGAGAUGGUGGAGAGGGAGGUUUGA